AUGUUUUUCAUUCAUCUCCUGCUAGUCAAGAUCAUGCUUAAACUCCUCGGACAGGAAGCCGAUUCCUUUGGCAAGAGGGCCGAGAUGUAUUACCACACCAGACCAGAGGUGAUAAGCCAUGUGGAGCAACUCUACAGAGCUUACAGAGCUCUCGUCGAACGCUAUGACCACAUAUCCAAGGAGCUCCAUAAGGCCAACCACACCAUUGCUACUGCUUGUCCAGAAGAGGUACAGUAUGCAAUGUUAGAAGAGGAGGAUCAUGAUUUCCCCAAAACAAUCACACCAAUUAACUCGCACAAGGUACACAAGUCCACGGUCCAAGAGAUUCUCAACGCAAAGAGACAAGGUCCGUCAGGGUGGAACAAGCUACCCUCCGAUCCACACAUAAGCACCGAGGAGGCGCGAGAAGAGAUCGGCAGACUUCAGAAAGCUAUACUUGUUCUGCAAACCGAGAAAGAGUAUGUUAAGAGUUCUUACGAGAGUGGUAUUGCUCGGUACUGGGAGAUCGAGAAGCUGAUUGCAGAUACACAAAAGGAAAUCUGUGUUAUUCAGGACAAAUUUGAUGCACAUGGAGCCAUCGGUGAUGAUGAAGCCCGUGUCUUGAUGACAAUAACAGCUCUUAGAUCUUGUCAGGGAACCAUUUCUAAGCUUGUACGUCAUUUUGAGGAGUUGAUCAGGCUUGCAGCCGUGGAGUUGGAAUAA